UUGACCACCCUUAAGUGCCCGGUUGCAAUUCAAACUGGGGUCCUAGUGAUGGAAGGUGAGGAAAGAUACCACUACGCCAACCCGAACACCUUUAACAUUAUUUAUCGGAUAUGAAUACAUACAUGUAGAACUUGCCCACGAAUCAUGCACGCCUCAACCCACUCAGAGUGUGACCAAGUCUUAUUAUAUCCUCCGGAAAUCCUCAUCUAUUUUUUCAAUUAAAUUGGCCUUUGGAAAUUAAAGAUCCUGUUUAAUUCAAGAAUCUAUAAUGCAUUCUUAAAUUCAGUUUAAACUAAUUACUCCUCUAUUUUUGUCUUUAUUUAAUUUUGUAUAGCAAAAGUCUGUAGUUGAAUUUUGUUUUAUAGUUAGCAUGGCAUGUAUACAGUACAUUUCCAUUCCAUCACUCAGAAUAUACCUGUUAACUAAACCCUCAUACAUAUUCAGAUUAAGCUCCUCUAAUUGGCCGCAGUAAGCCCCGCCCUUAUGACCUUUUAUGGUCGUCCGUGUGACUGAAUACAUUUCAUGCACACACACACACAGCGGAGAGCCGGCUUGGCUUGAGUGAGAUUAAAUGCAGCAGGCAGUGUAAAGGAAACCCAUGGGUAGUUGGCACGGAUACAGAUCACUACAGCGUCUGCCUCCAUUCACGGUACAUGAGGAGGACUAUAGUACACACGGAGACAUCCAUGGCCGACAGUUUAUCCAAUCAAGAGAAAGCGGCUAUAUGUAUUCAGUCUUACUUCAGAGGUUUCAUCGCGCGCAAGAAAUAUGUGGAAAUUCUCUACGAUCAGUUUAACAAGGAGGAGGAGUGGCGAGCAGCAAGGACACAGAGACAGGUAGAGGAAGGAGAACUACUCAUUGAAAAUCACAAGUUAGAGGUAGAGUUUGAGGAGAAUCACUGUGUACGUCGUAAUAAACUCCAACGAUUCACUACAAAUGUAAUCACGAUCCAACGAGCCUGGAGACAGUUCAGACGAGGAAAGCUGAAGACAUCCCCACCGCGUCCCUCUACAGACUCUGACCCAGAUCAUCACCAUAGCAACGGAGGAGGAGGAGGCAGCCACAACGAGGAUGAGAAUGAUGAUGAUGAUGAUGAGAACACGGAUGCCAAUGGUAACAGGAGGGAAGAAGCAAGAGAUGGGAGCUUAAGGGAAGGGGACAACCACGUAAAGAGACCCAGCGGACCAAGUGUCGACGGGAAAACUCACCAGGAGGAAACUUCUUCUCCUCUGGACUGGGUCCCGGCAGAGCCAGAUAACAGCCUUGUCAACAUGACAUCGGCUCAACGCUCCAAGGCAAAACAGGCCAUGCUCCAGGAUCUCGGAAGCAGUGUGGAGCUCGAUGACAAUCAUCAGGUCUACGAAUCCUCCCCGGAAAUAACCGAUAAGAAAAAGAACCGUCUCAGCUUAGCCGAGGAGUUUGCAGCUGCCAUGGAUGAGGACGACGGGAUGACCGGAGACGUGGCGGACUGCGAAGAUUCCGACCCCAAUGACAGCGAGCUUGAGAGUUCAAGCUGUGCAACGACACCGGAGUGGGAUAUUUGUGAUAAGGAGACUAGGAGAGAGGACUCAGAACUGUUCCUUGAGGUACCGACCCUAGCCCUCCUCGCUGAUGACUUAAGAAGCAAAUGCAUGCUCCGUGGCAAGGAGACCAACCCAAGUACUAUGCAAGAUAAACAAAGUAUUCCCGACCCAAACAAAAACUACGGUAUUUUAGAGUCCGAUCCCAAUGCAAACAAUGUCGCGUUGGAGCGAUGUGAGCUGACUGGAGGAACAAAACGUAAAACAAACUCACAAAGUAGGGAUAAGAAACGGAACGUUGAAUGCCAGGAUGAGGUACUGAGAACUGUUUCCUUUCCUAAUAGGACCGUAGGAAGUCACCCAGUGACUCAUAGUAAAGUACAAAGGUGCGCUAGUGCAGACUGCAGAGAGUCUGAGGUUAAGAAACCGUUCCAUGGAGGUGGUGUCUUACCAUGUGGUAAGGAACAGGACUUAGUGUGUGUUGAACCUACCAUGCCUGUAUUGGAUUGGGAGUCAUUAGAGAAACAUUUAGCCAAGAUGGAAAAAGAGGAAGAACAGCAAAGUUAUAAACAGACACAAAAACACUCCCGCCAAGCAAUUUUACGUAAACUAGCCAUGGGUACGGACGAUGAGGCAGAAGGAGACAUUUACGGAAAGAGUAAAGAUAAGUUAUCCACCAGACUCCAGAGUGGUAUGAACUUACAGAUCUGUUUUGUGAACGAGCCUGCCGAUGGUUCCGAUUUAGAGGAGGAUAGUCCAAGGAUUCUAGCGGCGGAGGAGGGCACGAGGAAAGAGAGUCAUAUAACGAAUCGUUUUGGGAGAGUAACAGGGGCGACAAGGUUAGGAGGAGCUGGAAUCAGACUGAGUAGAGAGAGUAGUAAUUCGAGCGCUACGUCAAAGGCACCAUCAGUCAAGUUUGAAGAUGAGGAGGAUUUUGAAACGAAACAGGCUCGUCUCCAAGAUGAAGCCCGCAUGGCUCUGGCGAGAGCAGAACCUCUAGCCAGAAUGCAGAUGGAGUUUGAGAGACAACAAAGAAAAAAGUCACCGGUAACUGAAUUGGCUGGUGUAUCGGGAAUGACAGAUAUAUCCGACAGGUUAUAUGGCAAGAAAUUCACCCAACGAGCACUCAAGAAUAUGUCCGUCAGUAAGCUACAGUUUGUGGUUAACGACCUUCACUCACAGAUCGAAAGUCUUAAUGAGGAACUUGUACAGUUAUUAAUAAGGAGAGAUGAGUUACAGAUGGAGCAGGACUCAAAACUCAUCGACAUCGAGGACCUGACAAGGUGGAUUCGCAUGAACAUGCAACAGAACAACAACAACAACAACACCAUCAUUAGUAAACAGCCGCUGGAAAACGGCCGCAAGCGUCAAUACGAGACCCUCCUGAAGCUCCUAGGGAGCACACUACCCGUCAGUAGGAAAUGCUUCUGUGGUAUAAGUCGUAGUUCAUCCGUCGUGUCCAGUCGGUCAGCAUCAAGUCCUGAAAUCCAAGAGAUGGUGUCCAGCCCUCUCAGUUCACAGACGUCCAUCUGUCGGUCAGCGUCCAGUAUGAGUAUAAACGAGAGUAGAGCGUCCAGUCCCGAAAUGACGUGGGUGCGACAAGCAAUGAUCAAAUACUGGUAUAACUGACACUGCUCUGAACUUUGACCUUAUGUCACCAUUUGACAUCGGACAACUUCAAUCUGUCGGUCAGCGUCCAGUAUGAGUAUAAACGAGAGUAGAGCGUCAAGUCCCGAAAUGACGUGGGUGCGACAAGCAAUGAUCAAAUACUGGUAUUACUGACACUGCUCUGAACUUUGACCUUAAUGUCACCAUUUGACAUCGGACAACUUCAAUCUGUCGGUCAGCGUCCAGUAUGAGUAUAAACGCGAGUAGAGCGUCAAGUCCCGAAAUGACGUGGGUCCGUCAGGCAAUGAUCAAAUACUGGUGUAACCUAUGGUAUAACUGACGCUGCUCUGAACUCUGGCCUUUAAUGUCAACGUUUGACCUCAGACAGCUUGUUUGAUAAAGGGAUUGAUAAAGGGACAUUGUAAAUGCUAUAAAUAAUUCCACUUUCUUGUUACUUGUGUUUCACAAUGGGUCUAUAACACGCAUGACCUAGGUCAUUUCAUGUAUGACCCAGGUCAAUGAGUCAAUUACACUACAUGAUUCAGAUAUCUGCCAGGUAUAAACUGUACAUACAAUCUCAUAAAAGCCUUUGCUUUUGUUCAUAAAAUGUUGGGACACAAGGUCAUGUGAUACCUGCUAUCUGAGUUACACCCUACCCCUAACACCAACAGGGCCCAAUUUCAUAAAGCCGUUAAGCAGAAGAAGAUGCCUAGCAGGAAACCAGUCACAUGUACAUUACAUUAUAUUUUGGUUGGUAACCUGUUUCUGCUAAGCAAGAUUUUUCCACGCUAAGCAUUUUGGGGGUUUUACCAGCUUUAUGGAUUGGUGCCUGGAUUGUAAAGAUGUAUAUGAAAUAACUUAAGGUCCUAUGAUCAGUUGUUAAUAUUAAGUAUAUGUACGACUCAUAAUGGCUUAUAUUAUGCAGUUUUUAUAUGAAUUUAUUUUUUUGAAAGCAGAAUUCCAUAGCGUUGUCCUCAUCUGUCCAUAUAAUUGUCUUGGGUUUUAAAGAGAGUAAUGAUUUUUGUCUUGGGAUAAGAAACCUAGCAACAACAUCUUUCAACAAAUUCUUUCUCUUGCCCUCUGUAAAUUCUUAUUUGAUCCACAAUUUCUCUCUAUGAAACAAAACUGUCUGUCAGAUUUUGACUAAAUCAGUAUGAGACAGGGCUCGAAGACUACAGGGCUUGUUGCUUAGAGUUUUUGCUAGACCAGAAUAAGUUUGAAAUACUAGAAUCAAAAUGAGAAAGAUGUAAAAAGACUGGACUAAAACACCUAAAAGCUGUUGGGUUUACCAAAAGCACUAAAAAAGAUUUGUAUCUUUUGUCUAAUUGGUAAGAGAACUUCCAUACUCAACAAAAUUGAUGAAUUAUCAGACUCAAAAUCAACAUUUGAACACAACUGUUUAAAUUACAGAUACCACAGUGAAUUGAAAAAUACUUAGGACUGCCUGAAUUUUAUGAUUGUACUGGAUAGCCUGAUGCUAAAAUCACUGGCCCCUAACCUGCCGUCCGGAUUAAAUUUCUAGCCCUGUAACCUCCUCUGACAGUCAUAAAGGCAGGGUAUACUUUUGGUAAUUGUAAAAGACUAGUAUCCUCACAAUACAUACAUUCACUGUACAAAUCUAUCUGAAUGUCCAAUGUCCAAUAUGAAACUAACUUAACUGUCAUCCCGGAUUAAUUUUUUUGAUCUUGACUGGCUCCCUUCUUAUUUUUGGGGGCUUGUCGGAUAAAUUUGCCAGGCAAUAUUAUCUGAGAAGCAGUUAGAUAUUGGGCUUGUUUAAAGAAAAAAUAGAGUAUAGGCGCAUGUAAAAAAUAAAAGAAGAAAUUAUUCUUGAAAUGUAGAAUUAAGUAUAAUGAAUGUAAGACAUCCAUGCAUAAGAAACAAUAAAUGGCCCUAAACCAGCCCCUACUUUAAUUUUAUUUUAUCUUAAAGUUAUAUAUUUCUUGAUAAGUUCCAUUUCGUCUUCCAUCAUGAAUUUAAAUUGUAGUUAUUUUAUGUAAAUAUCAUCAUGUUUUUGAUAAUCUUCCCUGUCUGCUUUACAUAUUUCAAUUUUCUGACAAAUAGUGUGACCUGAGUUUGAUGGAUUCAGUUCUGCCACAGCCAAACCAACCAUGCUAAGCAUGGAGACAGGCAUACCAAUCUUAUCGAGAAUCCAAAGAUUUGCCUGAGUUUGAUGGAUUCAGUUCUGCCACAGCCAACCAACCAUGCUAAGCAUGGAGACAGGCAUACCAAUCUUAUCGAGAAUCCAAAGAUUUGCCCGAGUUUGAUGGAUUCAGUGCUACCGCAGCCAAACCAACCAUGCUUAGCAUGGAGACAGGCAGACCAAUCUUAUCAGAGUCUACAGAUUUUGUCUGAUUUUGAUCGAUUCAGUAGUGCAGUCAAACCAACCAUGCUUAGCUAUACAGCAUCGAGCCAUGCAUUCCAAUCUUAUCAGAGUCUAAAAGGUUUUGCCGAGUUUGAUGGAUUCAUGGACCAGGUUUGCCAACUGUAUUGCAGUCACAGGUUUUUACGAGGGAUUCUGAAGAAUUCAGAAAGGCUCUGUGUAUGAUAAUGGUGUUUCAGGGUCAAGUAAAUGUACGACUUGUCAAAUUAUAAAGUUUCUGAGAAGACAAACUCUCCCAUUCGGAAUGAAAGGAUUCUAAUCUGGGUAAAAAAAAUCCCAUUUGGGCGAGUUUAGGUCGCAAUGACUUUGAGCUAUACCUCUCAGCCAAUGAAGUUUCUGAUAAGAUGAACUCUACCAUUUGGAAUAAAAUUAUUCCAAUCUUGGUAAAGCAUUCCAGUUGGGGGGUUUAGGUUGUAAUGACUCCAAGCUUUAUUAAUACUGCAUUUUAACAAGCAUCCAUGUUGAUAUAACACUCCAUACUAUGAAAUUCAGGCUGCCACCAUCUUGUCUUGUUUCCUUUGUGAAUGAAGGAUAAGGAGUACAGAAUCUCAUUCCUACAAAAAAGGCGCUGGCCUAUUAUCCCUACAAGCCUCGUUUUGGUUACACAUUGGUAUGCAUGGGAGAAAUAACAAGAUGGCGGCUCUGUGAUCAAGGUGUAUUGUAUACUAAUGUAUUGACUGGACACAUUAACAAUGUUAAUCUCAUCAGCACUGUUCUACUGCAGGCUUCAGCACCACAUGCCUUGUCACGCAGGGCACUAUUUAAAGGCCAGUUGGGGGCAACCAACUGCACUGCAUGCAUAAGGACCACGUUGGACUGCUUUUUACAUAAGUUCACUUCACAUACUUUGUAGGGAUAGAUAUUACAGUUUCAUUCUCAUCUUAAACAUUGAUUUCUACACUAGAAUGGCAAUCAUUUAAUGUAUGACGAUCUUAGGCGUACAACCCCAACCUUGUCCCCAUGGUUUACUUUAUUUUCAACCAUGUUUACAAUAGUAAACCCUGAGAUGGAAACUCCUUACUUGGACACCGAUUGGACAACGACUUUACAAUAUUAGAAUAAUGUUCCAUAUUCAUAGGUACAGCCAGCCGCCGGCAACCAAAAACGUACAAACAAGCUAUUAAAUCUGGUAGCGAACUAUGAGAUUAUGACGAAGAUGUGAAUUUCAAAAAGUAGCCAGACUAUUUGAAUUUGCAUGCGUAUCCAAAAAUUUUGGAUAUGCAAAUGAUCCAAUACUUGGGCGAGAGAGCGGUCAACUUUGUAACCGCUCGACACACCCUGGGGACGAGGUUGGUACAACCCCCCUUGUUGGGUUGAAAGGGGAUGGGCAACUGCAAUCCAAAUUGUGGGCAAAACAGUCACAAACACUAGACUGCAAGAAGAAGCAAGUUUGGACGGACAGAGCAAAACUGGAAAUAUCAUCAAGAAGGGUUCCACCUUCUGUAAAACCUGAUAUCUACUUUGGACAGAGCAAAGAAUAUUUAGAACUUUUAAAAGAAAUAUGGAGGGAAACUCCAUUUUUGUGCAGGUGAUUUUUUGUGAAGUGAAAAUUGUCCAAGGACAUAUCAGUGUAAAUAUUUGUACACAUAAAGCCUGCUCGGUUUAUUUUUCUAUUCUUUUUGAGAUAAUUAUGCGCAUAUUUAGGGCAUUUUUGUUUUUGAAAAGUUAUGACAAUAAGUUAUUGUUAUGGUUAUGAUUAAUUUUGAUAUUAACUUUUGAUUUUUGUAUUAAUAAGCAUUUCAUUUAAGAAACCACUCCUACACUUCAAUCUUUUUGUCUUAAAUUUUGGUCACCGUUUGUAAAAACACAUGAAUACAAUUAUAAGUGUGCCAAAACUUCAGUUACUGCUUUUUUUUAAUUCUCUAUUCUCUAAUUCACACCUGUUUUAUUUAUUUAAAUAUAUAUAUAAUAUUGUCAUUGAUAUUUUUGUUAGAAAUUCACAACACAAUGAUUUAAAAUCAUUCAAUUUUUGAAAUUGACCAUUUUUGUAUACAAAAUAUAAUACACUAUCUAGACUUGUCCCAAAUUUCAUAUAGAGUAGUGAAGCCAAGAAUUAAGCUUAAAUUUAUUUGCUAAGCAAAAUUAAGCAGGGAACCAGUCAUAGUUUAUAUAUAAAUCCAUAUAUCACAUGGCAUUUUGGCUGGUAACUUGCUUAGCAGAUUAGAAUGUUUAGCAGCUAAAUGGAAUCAUUUUUACUACUCAUCAGCAAGAGAGUAAGGCAUAAAUCUGUAAAUUUUAAUUCUGAUAAUAUCAGCAACUGGGCAAGGCUACUUUGUAAACCUUAAUGCUGAUCAGCAAUUGGGUAAGUCUUGCCUGAACGAUAAUCAGCAAAUGGGCUAGGCCUAAUCUGUGAAUCUCAAAAAUACACGAGGCCUAAUCAUUAAACUUACAGCUUAUCAGCAAUUGGGCAAGACCUAAUUCAAAACCUUACUGCUGAUUAGCAAUUGGGCAAGACCUAAUUCAAAACCUUACAGCUUAUCAGCAAUUGGGCAAGACCUAAUUCAAAACCUUACAGCUUAUCAGCAAUUGGGCAAGACCUAAUUCAAAACCUUACAGCUUAUCAGCAAUUGGGCAAGACCUAAUUCAAAACCUUACAGCUUAUCAGCAAUUGGGCAAGACCUAAUUCAAAACCUUACUGCUGAUUAGCAAUUGGGCAAGACCUAAUUCAAAACCUUACAGCUUAUCAGCAAUUGGGCAAGACCUAAUUCAAAACCUUACUGCUGAUUAGCAAUUGGGCAAGACCUAAUUCAAAACCUUACAGCUUAGCAAUUGGGCAAGACCUAAUACAAAACCUUACUGCUGAUUAGCAAUUGGGUAUGUCCUGCCUUAAAUGAUGAUCAGCAAAUGGGCUAGACCUAAGUACAAAUCUGUACAAUUCCAAUAUAUAUAUACUCUAAAAAGUUAAAAACCUCUGGACAGAGUAAAACAAUAUUUUUAAAUGGUUAUAAAAGUAUAAAAUAAGCUUUUCCCUUAUGGUCAUGGCCUUAAAUCGUGUACUAAAUUUCCCUUUUUCAGAAAAAAUUUAACAACAAUAGUACAUCAUGGUUGUAAUUUACAAUUGGGAGGUUUGAGAAAACCUUGUUUUGAUUGAAUAAUAAAAAUCCAUUGUUUUCUGCAUCAA